AUGGCGUACAAAAAACCUGUAACAGAACCCAUUGCAGUCGUUGGUGUAAGCUGUCGCUUCGCCGGCGGCGCUACGUCGCCAGCCAAGCUAUGGGAUGUGCUCUGCGAUGCACCGGAUCUCUCUCGAGAAGUCCCUCCCGAGAGAUUCAGUGCUGAAGCUUUUUACCAUCCUGACGGAGAGUACCACGGUACAACCAAUUCCAUCAAGGCAUAUUGGCUAGAUCAAGAUCACCGCGUCUUCGAUGCUAAUAUGUUCAAUAUCACCCCGAAGGAAGCUGAAGCCAUCGACCCCCAACAGCGUCUAAUCCUCGAAGUUGUCUAUGAAGCUUUGGAAUCAGCUGGAUACAGUCUAAACACAUAUUCCGGGAAGAAUGUCGCCGUUUUCUCAGGUGUGAUGACUGCCGACUAUGAUACCCUAUCCCAGCGGGAUGAGCUAUCCACAAGCCAGUAUUACGCCACUGGUAAUGCUCGAUCCAUCAUUUCGAACAGAAUUUCAUACUUCUACAACUUCCAGGGUCCCUCUAUGACUAUAGACACCGCUUGCAGCUCGAGUCUGGUGGCUCUACACCAAGCUGUCUUGAGCUUACGCUCAGGGGAAAGCAUUAUGGCCUGUGUAACAGGCACAAACAUAAUGAUGACUCCGGAACAAUUCCUUGUAGAGUCCAGUCUACACAUGCUUAGUCCUACUGGUAGAAGCCGAAUGUGGGAUGCAGCCGCUGAUGGCUAUGCACGUGGAGAGGGCAUUGCGGCAUUUCUACUUAAGCCCCUUUCUCGAGCCUUGGCAGAGGGCGACGAGAUCACUGCCGUUAUCCGCGACACUGGAGUCAACUCUGACGGACGGACAAAGGGAAUCACUUUGCCAAAUCCCCAGGCCCAAACUGCGCUGAUCAAGGACACAUAUCUCAAGACUGGCCUGGAUUUGAUGAAGCCUGAGGAUCGGUGUCAGUACUUCGAAGCUCACGGUACCGGUACGCCUGCCGGUGAUCCCAGGGAGGCUGAAGCCAUUUACAACGCCUUCUUCGACGAUAGCACAAGUCUUGGUUCUGGUCCUAACGCGAAGAGCUUGCUAGUUGGGUCUGUCAAGACUGUCCUUGGGCAUACCGAAGGUGCAGCUGGGUUGGCUGGACUGCUCAAAGUCAUCGAAGCCAUGAAGAAUGGCGCUGUCCCCCCGAACCUACACCUUGACAAAAUAAACCCUGACGUUGAAAGAUUUUGCAAGCGCCUUGAAGUGCCGACAUCUUUGAUCCCCUGGCCUCGUCCACUCAGCGGUCAGCCGAAAAGAGCGAGUGUCAAUUCAUUUGGAUUCGGUGGUGCCAAUGCCCAUGUAAUCGUCGAAUCGUAUGAACCGCUAAUUCACGAUCGCCUUUUCAGGAAUAACACUGGAAUCAAGCUUUCUAGUGGUAUACAGGUAGUAAAAAAGUCCGGGGGUGCCCAUCUCCCCUUACCUCUUCUCCUAUCGGCUGGCUCGCAGAAGUCACUACGCGCGGUCGUCGAGUCCUACCGAGACUAUAUUCUACAGCACCCAGAUGUCGAUCAUGCUCAACUGGCAUGGAGCCUGUAUUCCCGCCGAACGGCAUUGCCCUACCGAUUACCUGUGUCAACAAGUUCAACAUCACAGGCACUUCAAGCUCUCAAUGAUCUUCUCAAGCCAACAUCCAAUAUCACAGGGACUCGAAGCUCUACGGCGACUGGACACCUAAAGAUUAUCGGAGUGUUCACUGGUCAAGGUGCACAGUGGACUUUGAUGUCCAGGUCACUAUUUCGUACCAAUGAGAUAUAUCGUAAUGCCAUCCGUGAUCUCGACGUGAUAUUACGCUCCUGUCGCCACCCUCCAACUUGGACGUUAGAAGAACAAAUUCUUGCGGAGGGGAAUAAAUCUCUCGUCGAUACCGCCGCUGUAUCUCAGCCUCUUUGUACGGCGUUGCAAAUAGGACUGGUGAAGCUCUUGAGAAGCCUGGGCAUUACCUUUCAUACAGUAAUCGGACAUUCUUCCGGAGAGAUCGCAGCGGCGUAUGUAGCAGGAAGACUUUCUUCACACGAUGCGAUAUUGAUCUCAUACUAUCGCGGUUAUGUUGCACAUCUUGCCGGCAAUGCGGAUGGACAGAAAGGUGGUAUGCUUGCUGCAGGCAUGUCUGAAGCCGAAGCUUUGGAGUUCUGCGAAACGCCUUUGUUUAAGGGUAGACUUCAGGUUGCAGCAAACAACGCAUCCUCUAGUGUUACGCUUUCUGGCGAUGUUGAGGCCAUUAAGUUGGCUCACGAUCAACUUACUAAAGACCACAAAUUUUCGAGGCCACUUCGCGUCGACUCGGCUUACCAUUCGUUCCAUAUGACGAAACCGGGUGCCAAAUACAUCGAGGCUCUACAAGAUAGCGACAUUGACCAGGAUAAACAAGGCAACGGAGUUGUCUGGAUUUCCAGCGUCCACGGUCGAAAUAUGAAUGGAGAAAAGCUCGACAUAGACUACUGGAAAGACAAUAUGGUUAAAAUGGUGCGAUUCCACAACGCUACUCUGAACGCGAUUUCUCAACAAGGCCCAUUUGACUGUGCCCUGGAAAUUGGGCCCCAUCCAGCCCUCAAAGGCCCUUUCAUGCAGACGGCGACGCCUUUGGGCUCCAAUAUUCUUUACUUCAGUCCGCUAGAUCGAUCUAAAAAUGACAAGCUAGCUUUCUCUGACUUAAUCGGCGCCCUGUGGUCUCACUAUGGUACACGAGGAGCUGAUCUAGGUGCAUAUAUCAACUUUUCGCUUAGCACUGACGUCCUCGACACCCCCCUUAUCGAUCUGCCCACAUAUCCAUGGGACCAUUCUCAGAUAUAUCAUCGAGAGUCCAGAAUCUCGCGUCAAUUCCAUUAUAAGUCUGGAGCACCUCACGAACUGCUUGGUGUUCGGACCAGAGAUGACAAUGAGCACGAGCUAAGAUGGCGAAACAUGCUGAGGGCGGAGAAGUUGCCCUGGGUUGAGCACCACAGCUUCCAAGGCCAUGCUCUUCUACCCGCUUCGGCGUAUUGCAUUAUGGCACUGGAUGCAGCGCAAAGUAUCAUCAGAGACAGGCCGGCCUCGGUAGUCGAACUACAAGAUUUACAGAUUUUUAGCGGCAUAGACAUAGAACGAGAGUCUGCAGGUGUCGAAGUAAUGUUCACUCUUAAUAUCCUCCCGCAAGGCAAGGACGAAAACACGGACUCGACAGUCAGGGCAAAUUUCACUCUGACAUCGUGUCCUGCUGACGGAACGACAAGUAUGCGAUUGAACAUGGUGGGAAAUCUCAAGAUCUACCUAGGCGAGGCUAGUACGGCUGCCCUACCGUCCCGGUGUGCCUCUGAAUCGGAAGCGUUUAGUGCGACUACCGAAUCCUUUUACAAAAUGAUGGAGCACACGGGAUUGGUGUACACAGGACCAUUUAGGGCGCUCACUUCUAUCCAACGUCGUUAUAACUACUGCUCUGCGACCUUGAAGCGUCACCAUCCGGAAGACACGACAACGUUGCCGAUUAGCCCUGCUACACUCGACAGCUGUUUUCAGUCAGCGUUUUUGACAUACGCUUUCCCCGGUGAUAGGUCUCUUUGGACGUCUUUCCUGCCCGUACAUAUCGAACGAGUGCGCUUUAACUUGACGACGGAUAAAAGCGACAAUUUAGUUGUAGACACUCACAUGGUCGACAUCCAACCCUCCGUGACCAAUUCUAAAGCUACAUUCGACGUCGAUAUAAGCAUUUUCAAUGAAAAUGGAGAUAUGGAAAUCCAAGUCGAAGGUCUGAGGGUUGCUGCUCUGGCUCACACUCUGCCCAAGGACGAUUAUGAGCUGUAUCUGCACACUGUCACCGACUUGGACCCUAGCGAUGAGAUUGUUCGCGUAGAGAAACUACCCGCCAUUGCAUACGAUCCGCAUGACCCGGUGCUUGUCGAAAGUUGCGCGCGUGUGGCUACGUACUUCGUCAGAAACAGUCACGAUGCGCGUGCGCAGUCGUCGGACCUUUCUCUCUACUAUGAGAAGUUGGCGCAACUAUUCCCAAUAAUAUUGGGAACAGUAGGCCCCGAUUCCUGGUCCUCUGACACCAAAGCGAGUAUUGAUCAAUUUGUGGAACGUUCAAACUACUAUGAUCGGUUGAACUUGAUUCGCACGCUUGAAAGUCAUCAGCCAGACUCCGUGUUGGAUAUUCUCCAAGCACUUGUCAGCGAAACGAACUAUAUGACUUACUCUCACCAACAUGUUGGACGGAUUGCGAAGCAGAUUGCACAUCGAUAUCCAAAUAUGAACAUUCUCAGCCUGGUUGGACCUGAGAGUGAACUUCUUGUUGAAGUCUUGUCGGCUCUCGAUUCGUCGUACUCUUCCUUUACCAUUGGUGCCAGAACAGCCGAGAGUCUAGGGCAGCAUGUCAACCUUGAAGGAUCUUCUGGCAAAGUUGUCCGGUCGACACUAGACCUUUCGGCGGACCUCAAGCCUCAGCUAGGACAAGAUAAUGUUUAUGAUCUUGUCUUGCUGUCGGCGUCGGAACUAGACGACGCACACGCGCCAGGAACAUUAAAGAAUAUCAGUGCUAUCAUGAGACCCGGAGGCUUCUUACUCCUGGUGCAGUUCCCUAAACGACAGAUACAAAUUCAGCCACUUCAAGCUUUGAAACGAAGUGAUGAUAGAGCUGAGGCGCCAACACCACCCCAGUGGCCAGACGCCCUUGACGCUUAUGGCUUCGCCCAGAUUGCUAAGAACUGCAACCAGUCUUACUAUGCUGGAUACUCGAUAAUGGUCCGGCAAUUGAGCUCUCCAGAGGUCGACUUCAUGGGCCAAUCAACUGCAGCUAAACACAGAAUUAUCACAGACCACCUGCUCAUCAUUGGUGGUAAGGAUUCGUCUAGUACCGCGAUUGCUAAGAUAGUGCGCCAAAACCUCCUCUUUUUAUGCAACAAAGUCACCUUCCGAGAUGCAUUUGACAGCGUCGAUUCGGAUGCCAUAAGUAGCUGCACCGCUGCUAUCAUCCUCACAGAUCUUGACAAGCCCCUGAUGUCGAACAUGACGAAGCGGGCUUUAGAUCAGCUGCGAGAACUUCUCAGACCGAACAUGAAGGUUAUGUGGAUCACUUGUAACGCUCGCUUCGGAAAUCCAGAUCAUGCUGCCACCUUUGGGUUCACGCGUACGGUCUCGGCUGAGAUUCCGAGCUUGACGCUGCAGAUGCUUGAUCUAGAUCGCGUUACUGGAUCCAGGGAUCUGAUAACGGAUAACUUUAUUCGCUUGAUGACGACUGGUAAAGAUAGCACUGACGUUCUCUGGAUUGAUGAGCGAGAGAUCCACGUUGAAAAUGGACGUCGGAUCAUCCCACGUGUCGUGCCCCUGAAGGCGUCGAACGACAAAGUCAACUCUUUGAGACGUGUUGUUUCCACCUCUGGAAAUACUCUCAAGGAGGCCAUCGAAGUUAUUCCGUGUGCCCUCCCUGGCGGCGUGGUUCGCUACGAGGCGAAACUCGGACGUGACAACUCUCAUGACCUACAUCUUAAUCACGUCUCAAUCCGGGUUGAUUAUAGCUCGGUGGUAGCUUUGAAUCUGAACCUUGGUAACUCGCUUCCGGCUUACUUGUGUCUUGGUCAAGACUUGAGUACUGGCGCAUGCAUGAUGGCCAUAUCUCAGAACAACAGUUCGUGCCUUCGACUCCUAGAGGAGCAUGUCCACCCCAUUCAGAAAGAUAUGAAUAUCGGACCGCGCCUGAUCUCACUUUCUAUGAGAUACUUGAUAGCCGACAUGGUUGCGGCCCAAGCUGGAAAGCAACGUGUAGUUCUCAUUGAUGCUGAUCUGCUACUGUUUGAGUGCGUGAAGGAAGUUGUACCGGGCCGCGUGAUUUGGUAUACCACCACGAAAUCAGAGCAAGGCGACGCGCAUGGCGCCUUGUUUCUACAUCCGCGCACAUCAGCUUGGACUAUCAAGGGCAUAUUCCCGCCAUCAGGAGCUGUCAUCUUCGACCUCCAAUCUCAGGAGCGCACCAAACUUUCACAGCAGAUUUCAGAGCUGCUCCCGGCCAACUGCAAGUACUACCCUCGUAGUACCCUGCUAGACCUUCGCAAUACGUCCCAAGCAGACAACAAACAGGACUAUUUCUGGAAGACUGGCUGGAGAGUGGCGGUCAUGAGAGCCUUAGGAUCGAAUAUCACGGACCCACAACGACCUGUAGAGUACAAUACUGUUUCUCUCCCGGACCUACAAUCGAGUACCGAGAUACCCUCGUCUCUGUUCAACGUCCUUGACUGGCGAGCUAACCGGAACGCCGAACUCACUAUAAAGUACUUCGCCACGGAGCAACUGUUCCGCGCUGACAGGACGUACGUGUUGGUCGGACUGACCAAAGACUUUGGUCAAAGUCUAUGCUAUCUGCUUCUCAAAUACGGCGCAAGAAACAUUGUUUUGGCGAGUCGCAACCCGAAGACGGAUCCUAAAUGGAUAGGAGAACUAUCGCACGCCUACGAUGCGAAGAUCGAGGUGCGAAAAUGCGACGUCACCAACCUCGCCAGCGUGCGAGAAUUCAAGGACGCUCUAUCCCAGUCGAUGCCUCCGGUCGGUGGUGUAGCCAACGGUGCUAUGGUUCUUGAUGACCGCGUCUUCGCGCAGAUGGAUAUUGACACGUGGGAACGAGUCCUACGCCCCAAGACCGUUGGUUCUCACAAUCUGCACACCGUCUUCAACGAUCCCAACCUCGAGUUCUUCAUCAUGACGUCGUCCUUCGCUGCGAUCGGUGGCCACCCGGGUCAAUCAAACUACGCCGCGGCCAACAUGUACAUGAAUGGAUUGGCGGGUAUGCGACGGCAGCUCGGACUGGCGGGCUCGGUGUUAAACAUCGGCGUCAUCUAUGGUAUUGGUUUUCUACAGCGAGAGAAGGAGGAGUUGUACGCUGGCCUGGAACGUGAGGGAUACCCGCCGAUUUCAGAGCGCGAUAUCCACCACAUGUUCAUCGAGGCUGUUCUCACCGGCCGCCCCGGACAGCAGAAGGCGCCCAUAGACCUGACAACUGGUCUUCGCCGAUUCGAUCCCUCGGACUCGAAUCCCCUGCAUUGGCACCAGGACCCGAGAUUCGGCCACUACACCCGGCAAGAAACGGAGGACGCGAGCGCUGCGGCGGUCAGCAUGCGGCAAAGCGUAAAGGACAUCAUCCAGACCCUCACAGAAUCGGAUGCCCUCUCUCAGGCCAUCUUGCCAGCAUUCACGGAGCGGUUGCAGACGCUCCUCCAGCUACCCGAAGAGGCCAUUAAUUCGGACCAGAGUAUUUCCGAACUAGGCGUCGACUCGCUUGCCGCUGUCGAGAUCCGCGGAUGGAUCUUCAAGACCAUUGGCAAGGAUGUGUCUGUGAUCAAGUUGCUUGGUGGUACCAGUAUUCAGAAGUUGUGUUUGGAGCUCGCUGAGCAGAUCCUGGCUGAUCGCAAGAAGGCGGAAAAGUAAAGUGGCAUGAACGAAUAGACGAGAAGCUAUCUACUUCUACUUGCAUGGUGAGCAUAUUGUCUCACAUUAGACACAUGCAGUAGAAAUGAUACCAUAAUGAGCGUUAGAGUUUUUCUUUUUUUUUACGAGAACCACACUUUAACAACUGAAAGGGAAAAAAGGGGGUGGUGGUUUAUGCCGGAUGUUUUCAUUACUUGAGUAAUAUUUGAGGCUCGCAUUUCGCAUAGACUGAGCAACGCUGUAAUGCUAAUUCUCUGCUCUGAAAAACAUGUCGUCUUUGAUCCCG